CAAGUAUAGCUUAAGCAGAGUUUAAGAAUUAAGCUGAGUUUAAACACAGUUCAAUUUUUUAGAGUGUUGUACAUACUUCACUCAACAACUAAACGCAACUUAAGUUUUGUUUUAUUUAAGCAGCCGAUUUUGUUGGUUUAAGCUUAGUUUUGGUUCUUUGCGCAUAGUCACCGAUUUGUUAGUUUUGUUAGGUUAUAAUUUUAUGUAAUACCUGUUACCAUUGAUUAACAUAAUCAAUGCUGUUACCCUCCAAAUUGUAAUGGAGUUGCAUGCACUAACAGAUGAUGAAGAUUUCCUAGAAGUAAUUAAUAUAAUUGGACGCAGAAGAGCAGCAAAGAUAUAUAGGCACCGAGAUAACCACUUUACAAAGUGGAAUGAUAAGGAAUUUUUAAAUAGAUUUAGGUUAUCCAAAGAUUCAGUUCGUUUUGUAAUUGAUUUAAUACAAGAAGAAAUAUCACAUCCCACAAACAGAAACUUUGCAGUAAGUGCCGAGUGUAUGGUAUUAUUGGCACUAAGGUAUUUAGCAACUGGCUGCUUUUUGUCAGUUGCAGGCGACUUUAUUGGCAUCGAUAAAUCUACUGCAAGCAGACUUACUACAAAAGUCUGUCGAGCCAUUGCCAGUCAACACCGCAUUUUUAUCAAAAUGCCUACCACAGAGGAAGAAAUGAGAGAAAGAAGUAGAGGCUUUUACAUGAUUAGUCGUUUCCCCAAAUGCAUUGGUGCUAUUGACUGUACCCAUGUGAAGAUUAUAUCCCCCGGUAACAAUGCUGAGAUUUUUCGAAAUCGGAAAAAUUUUUUUUCUUAUAAUGUGCAAGCUGUUUGUGAUGCAAGCCUGAGGAUUCAAAAUAUUGUAUGCAGAUGGCCUGGGUCAUCUCAUGAUAGCACAAUAUUUUUACAUUCUCAAAUAAGAAAUCAAUUUGAGAAUGGAGACUUUAGAGGGUACUUAUUAGUUGGAGAUGCAGGAUAUGCUAUUAAGCCGUAUUUAAUUACUCCUCUAAGAAAUCCGAUCACUCGUACUGAAAAUUUAUUCAAUGAAUCCCAAAUACGCACACGUAACCCAAUAGAACGGUGCUUUGGUGUGAUGAAACGCCGAUUUCCCAUAUUGUCAUUUGGGAUUCGACAACGCGCAGAAAAGGUCGAGGCUAUAGUAAUUGCAACUGCAGUAUUACAUAAUAUAGCUAGGAACUUUAAUGAUGCACUGCCAGACAUAAAUGAGGAAGAACAAGAAGCUAUUGCAGCUGCUGAAAUAAAUUUCGAAGUGGAAAAUGUUCCAUAUUACAACAAUGGACUAAAUAAUGCUGUACGUCAUCACCUUAUUCACGAAUACUUUAAUCGCUUAGCAUAGUGUACAGUGUAUAUUACGAACAAACUUAUUGUUUAACAUUUUUUAAUAACAUAUCUUUUUGUAACUUCAAAAUUUCCAUUUUUAAUUUGUGUUCUUCUUUCAUACAUUCUAGUUCGAACUCAGA